AUUUAUCACAAGUAUUACAAGUUCAACCAGCUUAGUACGAACUACAAAGCGAUUUUUUACAUCUGUCAAAUGGCGCAAGCUUUCACCUAUUCUCCUUUGGAUCCGUCCUCUAAAUGUAUUAGGCUUCUUAAAUUACUGCCAUCUUCACCGUCUGAAACAGUUCGCUGCAAACUACAUGUUGUCGACCGAACCUGCUGUCCAUCUUACGUUGCUUUAUCAUAUACCUGGGGUUCUUCGCAAAACAGGCAACUAAUUGAUUUGGAUGAUAUGGAGUUUCACGUGCAAGGAAAUCUUUGGAACUUUUUGAAUACCAUGAACUUAUGCCGGAGAUGGCAGCUCUUCUGGAUUGACGCAAUAUGUAUCGAUCAGUCCAGUAUUUCGGAGCGGAAUCACCAAGUCAACAUGAUGAGGGAUAUAUAUGCCGGAGCAGAACUUACGGUGGUAUGGCUAGGCCAAGCCACUGAUUCCAGUGACCUCGCUAUUGAAUAUAUUGCAAAUCCAGGUUUACCAGCUCAAGAAACCAAAUCAGCCUUGGAGAAAGCAUUACAAAGUCUACUAGAGCAACCAUAUUGGAGUCGAAUAUGGAUUGUCCAAGAGCUCAUGCUUGCAAAGGAUGUCAUGCUUUACUGCGGCACAAAAAGCUUUAGUUGGCAUCAGUUAGCAUCUCUUCGCCAGGAGAUAAAAACCCAUGUCGUGUACCAUGAUUCUUUAGGUAUCUCAAAAUGUACAGGUUCGGUGAUGAUCGCGCAGAAAAUGCUCUGGGACAGUCUUCCUCAAAAUGACCAGCACUUACCCCUCUCGGACUUGCUGAUGACAUAUGGAAGGCAUAAAAGUUCAGAUAUAAGGGAUAGAGUGUAUGCACUGCUUGGUCUUACUUCAGAAAACUCAGUCCAGGCGAACUACAAUCUAUCAGUGGAAGAUAUAUAUAUCGACGUAUUAGGGGUAAUAUGCAAAGAGAGAAAUCCCAGAUACCAGCUCUCCGCCAUCGAACAUACAUUACAGGAAAUGUUGUGUUUGCCGAAAGGCCUCAGAAGACCACGACAGAUUUCGGGACGCGAUCCUAUACCUGCAGAUGCCUUUGCGAUCAGGGUACUGGAAUUACGGCGGCAGAAGCUUGGUAAAACGCACCCCCAUGUUCUUGAAGGAAUGGCCAGUCUCGUACAGCUAUACAGUGAGCAGAGUCGACCAAUUUUUCGUUAUGAACGUCGAUAUCCCAGCCCCCAUCGACCUCAGCAUGCCGAACUAAUCAAGGCUGGGCACUUAGGAGAUGAAGUAUUACAGCUGCAACAAAAAGUACUUGGUAAAAAACAUCCCAGCACUCUUCAAAGCAUGGCAAAUCUCAUGUCAAUUUACCAUUGGCAAAACAGGCUUGAUGAGGCUGAAAAACUAGGGAAUAAAGUAUUACAGCUGCAACAAGAAGUACUUGGUGAGAAACAUCCCAGUACUCUUCAGAGCAUGACAAACCUCAUGUCAAAUUAUUUGCAGCAAGACAAACUUGAUGAGGCUGGGACACUAAAAGAUAAAAUGUUACAGCUGCAACAAGAAGUACUUGAUGAGAGAGAUCCCAGCACUCUUCAGAGUAUGGUAAAUCUUAUUUCAAUUUACUGUGGACAAGGCAUGCUCGAUGAGGCUCAGAAACUACAAGAUAAAGUGUUACAGCUGCAAAAAGAAGUACUUGGUGAGAAACAUCCCAGUACUCUUCAAAGCAUGGUAAACCUCGUGUCAAUUUACUGUCAGCAACGCAGGCUAGAUGAGGCUGGGAAGCUAGGAGAUGAAGUGUUACAGCUGCAAAAAGAAGUACUUGGUGAGAAACAUCCCAGCACUCUUCAAAGUAUGGUGAAACUCGGGUCCAUUUACGGUCAGCAAGGCAGGCAUAUGGAAGCCAUAGAAAUGUUGGACCAAGUAUUUCAAAACAUGGCAAAUCUUGUGUCAGUAUACCGCGAGCAAGGCAAGCUUAAAGAUGCCGAGAAUAUAUGGGUCGAAGUGUGUGAACGCAUAGCAAUCCUUGUGGUGAGGUACCGCACGCGCAAGUCUAAGGGGGGUAAGGAAUUGAUACACUUAUUUUUGGAGCUGCAUGGAGAAAUAUUUGGUGAGAAUCAUCCUCAUUUUCUUGAAGGGCAUGCUUGCAUGAAUAUCCGGCGAGGCACGGAAGCUUGAAGAAAGCUAAGGAAAUAUUUCGAAGCAUGGCAAGUUUCAUAUGAAUAUACCUUGAGAAAGAUUAGCUUAAAGAGGCUAGGAAAAUGGAGAGUGAUGUAUUAUAGCUGC